AUGGCGGAUAUUAUAUCCCCCCAGGAUCGGGAUAAAUGGGUUUGCGAAUUAUGUACUAAGGAAGAUGGAAUGCUUUCUUCGAAUUCUAGAAUUAUGGGAGAUCCAUUACCAUCAUCAGCAGAUAGAGCCCACUAUGACGGCAGGCACUUAGCAAGCCCCAGCAAGUUCCAUAAUAGUUCAGGGUGGCAAGCUCACUCUAGCAAGCAAAAGGCUGUUUUGAGUGGCAAAGUGAGGUACAUUACGCAUGAAGAAGUCCAACAGCUAUAUAGGACCAAAUCACCCAUAAAGUCUUCUGUGGUGUUCAAAACUGUUGCUCCAAAGUCCCCCAUAUCCAGGGUUAACGCACCUGCAAAUGUGACACGGCCUAAACGUGGCAGACCCCCUAAGAAGCAAAACAUCUCUCUUUCAGAACAGGGCAGCCCCUUCUCCAGUGCACGAACCGUGACACCUCCUAGACGUGGCAGGCCCCCCAAGAUGCUUAGCAUCUCCAAGAUUAAUCAGCAGGCAUCUCAAGUUCUGAAACAAUCGCAAGAAAAGUGGUCUCCUGGAACACACACAAAAGGGCAUGGUAUUGAGGAACAACCAAAGGAUGCACCAGUACUUUCUCGGGGAGCUGAAAAAUCUAGUAGGAAGAUAGUGAAGGGACCAAACAAACUAUCAUGCACACCAUCAUCAUCAUGGGAUUCAUCACUAAAUUUGGAUUCAGGAGGUGAGACAUCUGCUGCUGAACGUGAUCAUUCAGAUGGUGAAGAAAGAGACCUUCUUAAUACAUUUUCUAGGCUUCAUCUAUAUCGGUCCUAUCUUCCUGCUCUGCAAGCUACUUGGAAGGGAGGUUUUGUCAUCUAUGCAGAUACACCUGGUGAAUUCAUUGGUGGAUUCCAGGCACAACUUCCUAGUAAGGUUGAUCAUAGAGUCUAUGACUUUUCACAAAAAAUGCCCCCUGUUCUUCAAGCUACUUUACUUCCUCGAUUGCAUCUUUGGGAUGAUCCUUUCCUCAAUGAAUGUCCUGAACUUGAAGAUGUUGCACUAUACUUUUUCCCUGAUGAUACAAUUGCCAGCUCAAGAGAGACUUAUGCUUCGCUUUUUGAGGUCAUGGAUACAAAAGAUUCAGUCAUGAGAAUUUAUUUUGCUGGAGUAGAAGCCAUGGAAUUGCUAAUAUAUACAUCCAAACAGCUGCGUUUAGAAUUGCUGGACACUGUUCCAUCACUUACAUGUCCAAGGAUACAAAAUUUCUUGUGGGGAAUCUUUCGACCCGGAAGUACUUAUCAAGACAUGGGUGAUAGCGUAACUUCUUCAGAUAUGGAAGUUGACAUGGUUGGUGGAAAGAUGGUGGGAAUUGUUGAUGUAGUUGUUCCGAAAUAUAUGUCCAUCCCUAGCAGAAUGUCACAGCAGCCUGUGACUCCAAUAGAUUCCUCUACACCUAGCAGAAUCCCUCAGCAGCCUGAGACUUCAAAAGAAAUAUCCACCCCUAGCACAAUGUCUCAGCAGCCUGAAACUCCAAAAGAACUAUCCACCUCUAGCACAAUACCUCAGCAGUCUGUGACUCUGAAAGAUUCAUCCACCCCUGGCAUAAUGUGUGAGCAGCUUAACAUGACUCCCGUGCAACAACUUUUGCGUAUUACCAGGGAGAAGCAUUCUUCGUUCGCUGACAAGAAAAGGGCACUAGAGACUGCUAUUGCACAAUUGUUAGGAGUUGAAUCAGAAGAGGUGAAAGGCUCUGAUAGUUCUACAGCAGCAGCAAUGACGACCACACUUGCAUUGCAGAAAGUCAAGUCGGAAAAAGAAGAGGGUGAAAUGGGAGGCACGUCUUCAACUGUCGAUCAUGGACGAGUAAAGUUGGAGGAAGAAGAGGGUAAAAUAGUAAGCACACCUUCAAUUUUCCAUUAUGGACAUAACCAUAACUAG